UGGAGGCCGGCUGGAGGGCGGGCAGGGCGACGGCGCCAUGGGGUCGCGGAGGGUCCCCAGUCGCGGCUGGGGCCUGGGCGCGCGGGAGGGGACGGGUCCCGACGGCGAGGACGAUGGGCCGGUGUGGAUCCCCAGCCCGGCCAGCCGCAGCUACCUGCUCAGCGUGCGACCCGAGACCAGCUUAUCAAGCAACCGGUUGUCUCACCCCAGCUCUGGAAGGAGCACCUUCUGCUCCAUCAUUGCUCAGCUAACAGAGGAGACCCAGCCACUAUUCGAAACCACACUCAAGUCCCGGGCUGUGUCCGAGGACAGCGACGUCAGGUUCACCUGCAUUGUCACAGGAUACCCAGAACCAGAGGUGACUUGGUACAAGGAUGACAUAGAACUGGACCGAUACUGUGGUUUGCCAAAAUAUGAGAUCACUCAUCAGGGUAACCGUCACACACUGCAGCUGUACAGGUGUCGAGAAGAAGAUGCCGCCAUCUACCAGGCCUCUGCCCGGAACUCCAAGGGCAUUGUGUCCUGCUCAGGGGUCCUGGAAGUGGGCACCAUGACAGAGUACAAGAUCCACCAGCGCUGGUUUGCCAAGUUGAAGCGCAAGGCUGCAGCCAAAUUGCGGGAGAUUGAGCAGAGCUGGAAGCAUGGGAAGGAUGCUGCAGACGAGGCGGACACCCUGCGCAAGCUCAGCCCUGACCGCUUCCAGCGAAAGCGGCGACUAAGCGGGGCUGAAGUGCCAGUGUCCUCAGCCCCAACCAGGGAGGCUGAAGAUGGGACCUCGGCAGCUUGGCAGGAAGGAGAGAGUGAACCUGAGCACCCUGGACUGGGUCUGGUCAACAGUUUUGCUCCUGGAGAGGUGCCCACCAAUGGGGAGCCUGCCCCCGAGAAUGGGGAAGAUGGGGAACAUGGCUUGCUGACAUACAUCUGUGAGGCCAUGGAGCUGGGGCCUCAGAGAGCCCCCCAAAAGGAGUCUGGGGCCAAGAAGAAAAGAAAAGAUGAGAAAUCUAAGCCAGAUGGGCAGAAGCCAGAAUUAGAGAAGGCAGCCCGAAGCCACCACUCUUCAGAAAACUCUGUCUCCAGCUCAAACAAGCCUGGUCCUUGUGGGAUACAGGGUCCCAUGGACAUGGAAGAGGUCCAGACCCAUCCUAGAGGCAGGAUGGCACGGGGACCUGAGUCUUCUGGAACAGAUAGCAUCAGGCAGCCAGCCUCUACUGUGGGCACUCAAGACAAGGCCCAGGAUGCCUCUGCCCUAACCCAUUCCCAGCCCCCAGCCCCUGUCCCAGCCCCAAGUGCAGACCAGCAGGUGUAUUUCUCCCUGAAGGACAUGUACAUGGAGAACUCUCAAGCUAUCGGGCCUCAGGGGGAGGAGGAGUCCCCACCCCCAAGUGUCAAGGCAUCUGGAAACAGUACCUUGGGGAAGGUACCCAUUAAGGCAAGAGGUGAGGGGGCACCUGCCACCUCUGGCCAGCCUACACCCUCCUUGGCUCCCCAGCCAGCUCGGCCUUUCAACAGGAAGAGAUUUGCCCCUCCAAAGCCCAAAGGCGAGCCCGCCGCUGACAGCAAGCCCAUUUCUUCUUUGGGUCAAGCUCCAGAACAUGGGGCCCAGAACUUAGAGAAGGCCCCGUCUCAGGCUUCUGCCCCCGUGCCAACACCCCCUGCCCGCCGGAGACAUGGCACUCGGGACAGCCCCUUGCAGGGGCGAGCAGGCCACAGGACUCCAGGAGAGGUCCCGGAGUCCCAAGCAAUCAUGGCUCCUACUGUAUCUGCUAGCAGCAGCUCUGGUGGAGCCUCUGUUGACUGCAGCACCUCUAGAAGUCAAGGUAUCAUUGAGCCCAUGGAUACAGAAACCCAGGAGCAUGGGAGAACAUCUGCUGACGGAAGAACUGAAAGCCAGAAGAACACACAGACAGAUGGAAAGAUGCCGGCAGAUGGGAAGACCCAGGGAGACAGAUCACAAGUAGCCCAGAGGACGCAGGCAGACAGAAAGACACAGGUGGAUGUUGUGACACAAGACAGUGAGAGGUUACAGUUAGACAGGAACUCAGAGAAGGAUGUGGUGGCACAGAGAAGGGUGGAGACACGAGUAGAAAGGAUGCAGGCAGAUGAGAGGAUGCAGAAAGAUAGAAAGACACAGGCAGAUGGGACGAUACAGGAAGACACAAGGAUGCAGGAAGAAAGGGGGACACAGUCAGAGGACAGUGUUCCUGCAGCUAUCAAAAAUCAGUCAGACAAUCGGUCUGUGAUCAGCCUCAGCCCACCAUGCAGAGCCCCUAAACUCCCACCUUCAGAGCAAUCUAAAUCUUCUCAGAUUACUGAAUGUUUUGUACAGACCCCAGAAACAUCUUGUAUCCUAGAAAAACCUGGCAUCAUGGUCAGAUCUGAGGAGCCAGCAGUAACAGCCUCCAGGAACCAUCCGGACACUGUAUUGGAUCCCCUGUUGGGGAAUCUUGGGCAUCCAGAACAGCUGCCUCCUAGGAGGAACUUGGAACAGGUGGGAGGAGAGAGAUGUCAAGGGCCAGAGUGGUCAGGCCUGGUCAAGGCCAAGUCAGAGGACAGCCUGCUCCAGGGCCCCAAGGAGCAGUGGCCAGGAGAUAUGCUGUGUGGGGGUCUGGGUGGCCCAAGCCAGGAGGUGUCCACCAUGCCCUCUCCUGGGACUGAGGAGGGGCUGCACAGUACCCUGACCUCUCAGCACAUGAGCACAGCUGCCUUCCUGUCCUCUGGGGAUCAGGCCUUGCUGAGUUCUGCCCCCGCACUGAACCUGAGGCCGAGGCCCCCCACUCAGAGUCACCCAGCAGAAGCCAUGGCCACCAGUGGUGAGGGGGCCUGUGCCAAGGAGCCAGAUAUGGAGGGGAGGUCCUCAGGCACCCAGAGUUGUGACCCUGGCCUCAUAGAUUCUCUGAAGAACUACCUGCUUCUGCUGCUAAAGCUAUCCAACACUCAGGCAAGUGAAGCAGGAGCUGAGUCCCAGAUGGGGGCUGCCACGGGAGGUCUGGAGCACUCAUCCACUCUGGCCCCCACCGUGGAAGUGGCUGGGCUGAGUCCCCGGACAUCGAGGCGCAUCCUGGAGCGUGUGGAGAACAACCAUCUGGUACAGAGUGCGCAGUCCCUGCUGCUGAGCCCCUGUACCUCCCGACGUCUCACUGGCCUCUUGGACCGUGAGGUGCAGGCUGGCCAGCAGGCCCUGGCUGCUGCCCAGAGCUUCCGGGCCCCCAGCCCACUCACGGUCCCCACCAUUGUGGUGGGCGAGGAGGGCUCUGGGCUGACCUCAGAAGGAUUCAGUGUGGGUGAGGGAGAGGUUUCCCUUGAAGGGCCUGGCCUCUGGGGAGCCUCCCAGGAAAGUGGUGUGGGUGGGCCAUUGGGGGAGGGGGUCAGGCAAACAGCAGAGAGCAAAACUCAGGCACUCUUCCCAGAGGAGGAGGUCCCAGGGGAGGCUCUGACAGAUCUCCCGGCCGCCACACCUGAGGAACUGGCUCUAGGGGCCCGGAGGAAGAGAUUUCUCCCUAAGGUCAGAGCAGCAGGAGAUGGAGAGGUGGCCAAGCCUGAAGAAAGAGAGAGCCCUAGUGUUUCUCCCCGGGGAUCCAGGAAGAGCCUGGCACCUGGGUCUCCAGGGCGGGAGAGACGCUCCCCUACCCAGGGCAGGAAGGCGAGCAUGUUGGAGGUGCCCAGGGCAGAAGAGGAGCCGGCUGCAGGAGACCUGGGCUCCAGUACCAAGGCCAGUGGUCUGGACACAGAGCCUGCCCUGGAUGAAGGCAAGCAGGAAGCUCUGGCCAAACCCAAGAAAGCCAAAGACCUGCUGAAAGCCCCACAGGUGAUUCGGAAGAUUAGGGUGGAGCAAUUUCCUGAUGCCUCUGGUAGCCUGAAGCUCUGGUGCCAGUUUUUCAACAUUCUUAGUGACUCAGUCCUGACUUGGGCCAAGGAUCAGCGCCCAGUGGGUGAGGUGGCCAGGAGUGCAGGGGAUGAGGGACCUGCAGCCCUGGCCAUUGUGCAGGCUUCCCCCGUAGACUGUGGCGUGUAUCGAUGCACCAUCCACAAUGAGCAUGGCUCUGCCUCCACUGACUUCUGCCUCAGCCCUGAGGUGUUGUCUGGAUUCGUCUCCAGGGAGGAAGGUGAAGUUGGAGAAGAGAUUGAGAUGACCCCCAUGGUGUUUGCUAAGGGUCUGGCUGACUCUGGCUGCUGGGGGGACAAGCUCUUUGGGCGACUGGUGAGCGAGGAGCUCCGAGGGGAUGGACAUGGGUGUAACCUUCGGAAGGCCUCCCAAGCCAAGGUCAUCUACGGGCUGGAACCCAUCUUUGAGUCAGGCCGCACAUGCAUCAUCAAGGUGUCCAGCCUGCUUGUGUUUGGGCCCAGCAAUGAGACUUCUCUCCUGGGCAGAAACUACGAUGUCACCAUUCAGGGGUGCAAGAUCCAGAACAUGAGCAGGGAGUACUGCAAAAUCUUCGCAGCUGAAGCCCGGGCAGCAUCCGGCUUUGGAGAGGUGCCUGAGAUCAUCCCACUCUAUCUGAUCUACCGGCCUGCCAACAAUAUCCCCUAUGCUACCCUGGAGGAGGACCUGGGCAAGCCCCUGGAGUCUUACUGUUCCCGGGAAUGGAGCUGUACUGGGGCUCCAACAGCAUCCAGCAGCUCUGAGGCCUUGCAGAAAUGCCAGACCUUCCAGCACUGGCUGUAUCAGUGGACAAAUGGCAGCUUCCUUGUCACAGAUUUGGCAGGGGUUGACUGGAAGAUGACUGAUGUGCAGAUUGCUACCAAACUGCGAGGAUACCAAGGCCUCAAGGAGAGCUGUUUCCCUGCCCUGCUGGACCAGUUUGUCUCCUCCCACCAGUGCAACACCUACUGUGCGAUGCUGGGGCUGAAACCCCUCAAGAUCCCUGAGACUGCCCAUCCCCAAGCCAAGGCCAAAGGCUCUAAGAGUCCAUCUGCUGGCAGGAAGGGCCCCCAGCUGAGUCCUCAGCCCCAGAAGAAAGGCCUCCCUAGUCCUCAGGGCACCCGGAAGAGUGCUCCAAGCUCCAAGACCUCUCAGGCUUCAGAGGCAGUCACUAUCCAGUCAUCGGGACAGCCUCCCAUCCAAGAUGGAGGCUCCAAGGCCCAGGGCAUGCGGUAGCCCCAACAGGAGGCUGGGGGCCUCCACCUAGCAGCAGACCAACCAGGAAGCAGCUUGAACCGGAUGGAGACAUUCUCAACACAGAACAAACCAGAGAAGGUGACCUAAGGAGGCACUUCUUGGGGACCUCUCUGAGCAGCCUCUCCUCAGUCAACUCCUCAUUGGAUGGCUCUGGGCACAGCACACAGCCCAUUGGCCUCUCCUGGUGCCAUUGUUAUCCAGGGCUUGCAGGCCUUAAGCAGGCCCUACCUCCAAGGGCCUGGAGAUCUAGGCCCUUCUUGAAGUUUACACAUGCCACUGCUGGAGGCUUCCCCAAGUCCUCUGCAUGAUUUCUGUAGCCCGACCCCUUGCCCCAGCCAAACCCUUCAAUUAAUGUUGUACUCCGGGGGCCAACAUUUGCUGUUUUGCCCCUGUUUGGCCCCUAUCUCUCCCUGUCAUCAGGGCUCCAGACUUCCUCUGGUGGGUCUGGCUUGGUGAUGUUCAGGGGAUCUUCUCCUUCCCGCUACUUAGCCUCAUUCAGCCCAGCGUAUCCCUCAACUAACCUGUCCUGAGCAUGCACAGUGCUCAGGGCCCUUCCGAGCCUGUCAUGUCCUUCUGCGGUGGUCUUUGAUGAUGUGUGUUCCUGCUGUUCCUUCCCAUCACUCAGACACUCACUCCCCUGCUCCCAUGUUCCCUUGUACCUUCAUGCUUUGAGUUGCAGCCUGCUGACUGCCCGUCAUCAAUUCUUGGCUUGUCCCUUUGUCCCAGACCUUCCCUAGGCCUGACCCACACCCUGAGGCCCAGCCCCUCUGGCCUCUCCCUCCAUCCUGGUGCCCUCUUCCUCUACCUCUCCCAGGUUCUCUGCUCAUGAGGUGAGAACUGGCAUGAGGGUGCCAGCAGCAAUAGCCAGAGGGAGGGCGUUAUUGAAAGGAGUGGGGUUACAGUGAGUUUUGCACCCGCCUCUCAAAGGGGUGGAGGGCUGGGACUCUUCCUCACAGGGGAGUCCACAUGGGUGUUCUAGGAAGGAUCCGUUCACAUGCUUGGGUGGAGUGUGUCUCCAUCUGGGAAUUAGGACCCCUGCCCCCCAACCAUUAGCUCUUGAUCCUGGGGCUCCAGCUCUGCGCCCUCAUGCCUGGGCUUCUGAGGAAAUUCUGUGCUGGGCCCAACACCCUGGACAUCCCUCCUUGAGACCUGGAGUGGGGCAGGUCUGGAGCUAGCCUGCUCCCCUGGAAUGCAAUAAAGGCAGCAACCGUGUGUCCUGCUUGCCCUCAACUGGUGUGGUUAUAGUCAGGAUCCCCUCUUCCCAGUGGUACUGCAGGCUGUCUAAGGUAUCCUAUAGUUCCUGGGUCUACUGGAAAAAUGAAUCAACGUUUUGGUUCCUAGCCUGAAGUUCCAUCUCAGUCUUCUCUGGCUGCAGCUGGACAGUCUGUUACACAAUUCAGCUGAUGGCUUGUGCCCCUUAGCAAGGUGUUUGGGGGACUUGAUGACUUUGGAAUUGCACCUUCGUUUGGAAGAGAACAUGAAAGAAGGAACCUAGAAAGGAAGAACAGAGCUGGGGACUCAGCAGAAACUCCCCGUAUCUCUGGCCGCCUCUGCCAUAGCAGGACUGGUCUGGAUGGCAAGCAGCAUCUGCCCCCAGCUACCUGCUGACCCUUAUAUGCUUCUCAGUCCCACCUCACCCCACCCAGGGCUUUCCCUCACCUGAAAUUUCCUUCUCCAUCCUCAUGAUUUUAACUUCUCUACCUCCUCUUUGCUCUGGUGGUUCCCUACUUCCUUCUCUUGCCCCAGGGGGCCCUUAGUUCUCCCAGCCUACAUACCCAGCUUACUUUGGUGAACUGAGAGUUGGAUAUUGUUCAUCCAUUAAUCAUUCACCCAUUCAUUCA